AUGAGUGACCUGCUGGCCGACCCACCCUCGGGCGCCCAGGACGAGAAGUCGCGGCGCAUCAAGAGCCUGCUGAACAGCUACUAUGGAGCGGCGGACGAACCGGCCGACGCCACGGAGUCAUGCGCCACGGGCAGCGUUGCGCUGGACGACGCCUCCUCCGCGGCCUCCGGCAGCGUCUACACGCCGCGCGUCUCCAGCAUCGACUCCGCGGUCUUCAGCUCGUCGGCUUUCGUGGCGAACCUGCUGCGCAGCGCGCGCAUCGACACGCUGCUGAGGCGGCACUCGGAGAUGGCGCGGGAGAUCAAGGUGCUGGACUCGGACAUGCAGAUGCUGGUGUACGAGAAUUACAAUAAGUUCAUCUCGGCCACGGACACGAUCAGGACCAUGAAGGCCAACGUAGACGGGAUGGGGCCGAGCAUGGAACAGCUCAGCAGCAUCAUGGAUCGGGUAGCUGAGACUAGCAACGGUGUCAAUUCGAAGCUCCAGAAGCACCGGGACACCAUUGAGGAGCUGAACCGUGUCCGAAGCCUCCUCCAGAAGCUGCAGGCACUUCUCAAUCUACCAAAGCAACUGAAAAUUGCAAAAGACGAAAAAGCAUAUGCUGCUGCAGUGGAUUUCUACUGUAAUGCAGCAGGCAUAUUGCAGAAAUACGGCCAUCAAGGCGUGUUUCGAACAGUUGCAGCUGAAUCUGAGGUGGCCAUCAAGGAGGUUGCUAAGCAGCUGGAAGAAAGGCUGGAAGACCCUGAGGCUGAGUCGGAAGCAUGCGUCCAUAUGCUCAGGAGGAUAGGCGCAAAGUCAGAUGAGCUGCAGGCGAAAUUCCUUAUUGGGCGACAGCGAAGAGUGCAGAACAUGCUUGAUGGUGCUGCCCCAGUCGUGUCUGCCAUGGCUGCCGAUGUCCUGGGGCUUGAACAGGCUGAAGAUGUCCCAGAUAUGUGGUUGAAGGAAGGAGACAGCUCACCCAGCCUUGGUCACUUUCUAAAGACACUGGACGAGCAGGUCAUCAACUCUCUGAGUGAGACGGUGAUGGCUUUCAAUCACACCUUUGUGGAUGCAGAGAGCCAGGAUGCUGCGGACAGGAGCCGCCUCACAGAGAUGGCCGAUUCCAUGAUGGGGACGUACCUCCAGCUGAUUGGCCAGGCUUUUGCAGUUGAGGCUCACAGCGCAGCAAUAGCUGGUGCUGGCUUGGAACCUGGGUCUGGGACUGCUGAGGGCCCUCCUGAUGUGCCCAUUGUGCGGUUCUCUGUUGAUUGGGGUGCAGCUGCACUGGCACAGGGCUUGGCACACAUGAAUGCAGACUUGGGGGUGCUGGAGAGUCGUUUGAGUGAGGUGGAGCCAAAACGAAGAGGGCUGCUGCUGACCCAGAGCCUGGUGCAGCAUCACAUCUCAACUUGCUUCAUGGCUUUAACGCGGAGGGUGCUGCAGGCUGUCAUCAGAAUCAAGAAGGAGCUUGAGCAGCCAAGCCCAGAGUCCCCACCCUCUCCAGGUGUUGGACCUCAGGUGCUCAGCCGAGGCUUUGCAACCGUUUGUGACAUGCUCCAACAAGGGGUAUCAUCCAUUAUCCAAGGCCUGAAGGGAUACCAAGCCGUUGCACAUCUCCUGAACAACUGGGAAACCCUUUUUGUUGAUAUGCUGCAAGGCCAGAUGCAGGCCAUCUUCAUGCACCUCUUGUUGUACUUCCAAGCCAUGGCUGGGUUGCCUAAAGGUGACCAACCCUCCAGCUCCCAGUUGUCAACCAGCAAAGAGCAGGUUUUGCUUUCCGAAUCUCUGCUGUCAACCAAAGACUUUGCAAACCUUGCCCUGCCAGAUGAAGUCGGGGGCGGCACCCUUGCACAACUUGCACGGGGGCGGCUCAACAAGGAAGGUGAAAACCCUCCAUGCUCCAGUGACGACAGCCAGGACACGGUUGUGGGAAGGCCACCUGCCCUGCUCCUGCUCCUUGCACGCCUCUGCUCGUUCCUGGAGGUCACUGUGGUGCCACACGUUGUGGAGACCUUUGCCCUGACGUUCCCGGAUGUUGGGGGCAACAGUGUCAGUGAUAGGCCAGCGUUCAACCCCAGCGAAGUCAUCCGCCAUCUGAACAGUGGCGCUUUGACGCUCCUGAGGGCAUACAUUGAACUCCAUGGCCGACAGCUCACCAUUAUGAUUCGAAGGAGUGUGGCAGCUGCUGGCUGGUUGAACCACAAGGAGCCAAGGGGACCCCGACCAGUGUGUGACCUCAUGUUGACGCGUUUGGGAGUGGCGGAGGCGGAAGUAGUCCAGCUGGUGGAUGAUGGAGGUCACAGAG